GAUCAACAACACAGUGUAUGCUUUUGCAUACGUCCUACUCCGUUGCUGGAUCUUGACGCUCAAGAAGCGUUCCACGACUACAUGCAUGGACUGGUGUUGCAUUAAUCGCCUGCCAUGACACCACACGUCACCGACCUCGGAGUCGCCACAUGCGCAGUACUCUCUAUCAUAUUUCGGACAUGGCGUGGAAUAUCUCGCGUUGCCCUCCAAGACAUCUCGCUAGUUCUUCCAGGUUUACUCGCCCAUGGGUGUUUCCACUCAGCCUACUUGUCUCUUGAGCAAGCGCAGCGCUUCCAAAGCAGCGCAAAACAACACUACACAAAAUGCUGCCAUUGGCAAGAGGAUGACAUACUUGAGCAGCAGAAGACGUUCCUGAACAAGAGAAUGCUAUGUCCAAGUAAGAGAACCACAUCCCACAAAUCUUGGCCGUAUUUAUCUGCCGCAGACGAUAACAGAUCUAAUGCAUUUGGUCGCAAUUUUAUCACUGCGCUAAAGUUCAGCGACUCUCUGUCGCAGGACAGCAAAACAAGAGCGGCAUCUACAGAAGUCAAUCACCUUGUCCGUAAUCCUCGACCUUGUUGAGCUCCAUCCUUCCAAUGAACAGUCGCUGCACGGUAGGCUAUCCAAAAUUCAAAUCGUGCCAACGACAGUUUUCAGCCAGAUGACCCUUUUUCCCCUAAAUGG